AUGCCUUUAUGCUGCGGUGGAAUCGGAACACCUAGGGAGCCGUCUGCAGAGGAGAAAGAAAAACUUAAAACUCUGUUAGAAAGUAAGUUGGAGUCCCAUAUCGGACGAAAACCUCGUUCAUUUGAAAUCGUCCAGAUCGCUAGUCAGGUAGUCGCAGGAACAAAUCACUUCGUCAAGGUGAAAAUAGAUGAUGGCGACUAUAUUCACGCUCGAAUUUUUGAACCACUACCCUGUCAUGGCAAAGAACUUCAACUACACUCUGUCGUUAAAGAUAAAAAGGAAAGUGAUGCAUUGGAAUACUUCUGA